AUGACGAUCGCCGCGCAAUCGAAGGCGGAUCGCGCGUCGAAACCGGAGCGAGGCUCCAAAACAGAAAGAGUGUCUAAGACGGAAAGAAGCUCGAAGUCGGAGAAAGGCGAGAAAAGUUCGAAGACGGACUCGCGAGGCUUUAAGUCAGAGAAAGGCUCGAAGGCGGAGAGAUGCAAGAAGAGCGACGUAGUAGUGACGCAUCUCUCGUCUCCUCGUUCCCUACCCAUUGCCAUCCCUCACAUUCCCCUCACAUCCCUCUCACAUUCCCCUCACAUCCCCCUCACAUUCCCCUCACAUCUUCCUCACAUCCCCCUCACAUACCCCUCACAUCCCCCUCACAUUCCCCUCACAUCCCCCUCACAUUCCCCUCACAUCCCCCUCACAUCCCCCUCACAUCCCCCUCACAUCCCCCUCACAUACCCCUCACAUCCCCCUCACAUCCCCCUCACAUCCCCCUCACAUUCCCCUCACAUCCCCCUCACAUUCCCCUCACAUCCCCCUCACAUCCCCCUCACAUUCCCCUCACAUCCCCCUCACAUUCCCCUCACAUCCCCCUCACAUACCCCUCACAUCCCCCUCACAUUCCCCUCACAUCCCCCUCACAUCCCCCUCACAUUCCCGACCCUUUCCCAUCCCUCCCUGCUGCCCACUCUUUCACGUCUCUUCCCGUCCACCCCCCCCCUCCCCUUCCCUCCCCGCAGGUCGCUUCUCCUCCUCCUACUCUACCUCCUCCAUAUCUCCCCUCUCCUCCACUCUGGACUCCAGAGCUCCAAAGAGGAGCAGCAGCAAAUGCGAACCGCAGCCGAACUCGACGAAUAUUCCGACGCUCCAUUUGACGCCCAAACACCAGAAAUUUUCCGGGCAGCUGGUGGUGACUCACAGGCAGCAGAGAAAACUUCCGCAGAGGAGGGUAGCCAAUCGCAGUCCUCCAGGCACGGUCUGGUUAGCAGUAGCGACGUCCUCCGAAAUCCCUCAGCUUUUCGAGAGCUUUUGGCCGGGAAACGCGGAUGGUGGGGGGAAGAAGGGGAGGGGGAGGACGGGGGAGGGGGGAAGGCUGACGAGUCUGGUCCAGGUGCAUGGGGGGACGGGGAGAGAGGAAGCAAGGGGAUACGACAAGACGAGCCGCAGGAGAGAGGAACCUCAGGUGAAAGGCCAGGUAGUAAAGGCAGCAGGGAAGCAAAAGAAGGCGGCCCAGGCGAUAGCCCCGGAAGCAGGUCCGGAAGCAGCUCUGGAACUAGGUACAGAAGCAGGUCCGGAAGCGGGUCUGGUGGUAAGCCUGGCGCGGCAGCGGCGGGUACCACUGGGGAUAUCCCAGUGGUUCAAUUCCUGAGAGCGCAGACGGGGUGUGGGCGGGGCCGGUACGCGUUUGAGACGCUGAAGCAGGCGAGACGGUUGAACACGCGGGUGAUUCUGAUUGGGCCGAAGGUGUGCAAGCGGGUGCUGGGGGCGGAAGGGGUGGAGGUGGAGGAUUAUGACGAGUACAAGGGUGUAGAAGAGGAGUUUGAGAAGACCGUUGGGCAAGUGGUUUCGUACCAGGUGCGGUGGUUCAUCCUACACGAGUUCAUGCGCCGCUGGUCUCUCCCCCGCAUAUUCUACAUGGAUUGCGAUGUGCUGCUCUUUGCCAACAUCACCCAGUUCGUGCACGCUCACAUGCCCAACACCGACCUUGCACUUGCUAUGCGUACACCCACCAUUCACGUGCGGGCAGUGAGUGCGCAUGUGUCUCUCUGGUCGCAGCAAGCACUGGGGGAUUUUCUCACCUUCUUCCGCCUCUUCUUUCAGCUUGGUGUGGUGGGGGGCACGCCUGGCGAUCGGUCCCUGCCAGCCCAGCGCACAUACAACGACAUGGUGGUGCUGGGGUGGUAUGCUGCUCCCGUGUGCUGGACCAACGCUCCCAAGGAUACCAUUCCCAAAGAUUGCCUGGCGCCAUCAAUGCGGGUGAUGAGUGCGAGGAUACGGGGCAGGUUCAAGCCGGCCUUCAAGGCGGAGUCCCUGUGUGCGCCCAAGCAGUGUGAGGCGAGUGCUUGGAGCGAUGCUGGGUGGUGUGCCUUCGACAACAACUUCUCGCUCACUAUCAACCACACAACGUUCCACUACGAUCCAUUGAAAAUGAAGACCCCUACAUCGAUGCACUACGACCAUUUCACAGACUGGGUCGGCAAACCGCAAGACAAACCGGUACAAUUCCUCUGCGUGCAUUUCCAAGGGGCGGCUGAUUAUGCUGCUGUGGUUGCUGCUGGUAGCAGCACUGGUGCAACUAUCCUCCCUAUCCUCCCUACCUCCACGAGCGACACUAGCGCCAGCAGUGCCACUAGCGCCACUAGCAGCACUAGCGGCACAGCUCAUGCCCACGCCCAAUCAGGCGGCGCCAGCCGUGCAGGCCUGAUCCCAGUGGUGCAGUUUCUGCGGGGGGAGGCAGGCUGCAACCGGGGCAGGUACAUGCAGGCCUCCCUCCGCCAAGCACUGCUGCACAACACGUGGGUCAUUCUCAUUGGCCCGCGCGCGUGCCGGGAAGAAAUGACCGAACUAGGCAUCGAGUUGGAAGCAUACGAGGAUUAUGAAGAGACCGCACGGAUAGAGGAGCAGUAUAUGAAGGGGAUAGGGAGGGUCAUGGCGUACCAUAUCCGCUGGUUUUUUUUACAUGAAAUGAUGGUGCGGAGGAACAUUUCCCGGGUAUUUUACACCGACUGCGACGUGCUGCUGUUCGUUAAUGUCACGCAGUUCAUACAGUCACACCUGCCGGAGACAAAGCUAGCACUGGCCAUGAGAUCCAACAGUGUGCGCAUCAGGGCAGUCAGCGGGCACGUCUCUUUGUGGUCGGUUGACGCUCUGGCGGACUUCCUGGCCUUCUUUGUGAUCUUCUUCCAGGCAAGUGCUAGUGUCUCAGCUCUGGGUGGGUCAUUGCCGGCCAUGAGGUCCAACAGUGUGCGCAUCAGGGCGGUCAGCGGGCACGUCUCUUUGUGGUCGGUUGACGCUCUGGCGGACUUCCUGGCCUUCUUUGUGAUCUUCUUCCAGGCAAGUGCCAGUGUCUCAGCUCUGGGUGGGUCAUUGCCGGCCAUGCGAUCCAACAGUGUGCGCAUCAGGGCGGUCAGCGGGCACGUCUCCCUCUGGUCCGUGGAAGCCCUGGCGGAUUUCCUGGCAUUCUUGGUGAUCUUCUUUCAGGUGAGAAGCAGCUCUGGGUGUGCCAUUGCCGAACGUGCAUUCUCACAGUGUGCGCAUCAGGGCGGUCAGCGGGCACGUCUCCCUCUGGUCCGUGGAGGCUCUGGCGGACUUUCUGGCAUUCUUGGUGAUCUUCUUCCAGGCAAGUGCCAGUUCCAGCCGUGGGUGGGUGUAUUGUUGUGUUGUCGUCGGCUCAGCUGUGGGCGGAGUGUUGGCGUGUCAGCUGCUGUGCUUCAUGUAUACUCAUGUGUCCGCUGUCAUUCUGCUCUCCCUUCCCUCUCAUCAUGCACGUCUUCUCCUGAUCUCACUCUCUCUGUACAGGAGGCAGUGGCGGUGGGGACCCCAGGAGACCCCUCGCUGCCGGCUCAGCAGCGCACAUACAACGACAUGGAGGCAGUGGCAGGGGGAACCCCAGGAGACGCCUCGCUGCCCGCUCAGAAGCGCACAUACAACGACAUGGUGCAGCUGGGAUGGUAUGCCAGCCCUGCCUGCUGGACCUCCCCCCCUGAUCAGACGCCUAAAACAUGCAAGGACAAGGAGAGAUCCGCCCAGUACCCGCGCCUGCAUGGCAAGUUCAAGCCGGCCUUCAAGGCGGAGUCGCUGUGUGCGCCCAGGCAGUGUGGGGCGAGUGCUUGGAGCGAUGCCGGGUGGUGUGCCUUCGAUAACAACUUCUCCGUUGGCAAGAAGAGAAAGUUUCACUUCUGCCCGAAAGAAGGCAUGAAGACCCCAACAUCAGUGCGUUACGAGUAUUUCAAGCCGUUUGUGGGCAGGGGGCAAAACAAAGGGGAAGUGCACACCCCACAAGGUAGGAGCAGGAGCAGCCAGGCGCACCCAGGCUCUCUGCACUCUGCUACAGCCGAUGCUACAGUUUCUGAUCUGCACUGCAACGCACUCAACAGCCCCGGGCAGGGAGGCGGGAGCAGGAGCAGCCAGGCGCACCCAGGCUCCUGCUCCCCUGCGGGGCGCGGACCCCCUGGUGCGGGACAUGCUCCCCUGCUCCUCUGUGCAGGCUCUAUGCACGCGGGGAAGGGACAUGCGGAGCGGAUUGUGGUGGCAAUGGUGCGGGCGCGAGGGGGGACUACUGGGUUGCCGGCCCGGCUUAGGGUUGCUGCUACAGUUUCUGCUGCAGCUGUGGAGUGUGCCUAG